CCUAUGGUUAGUUGGAGAAAGUAUCCUUGCAUAACAGCUAUGGGCAAACAGUUGCCCAUAACAGGGGUAUAUUUGAUAUUAGAGGGAAAAGUAAGGGUAAAAAAGUAAUAUGGGAAAAAACAGAAACUAACUAAAGAAAGAGGGUAGAUAUAAGGAGAGAUAAAAAGGAAAUUGUGACAGUCAAAACAGAAGGAGAGAUAAAAAGGAAAUUGUGACAGCCAAAACAGAGGGAAAGAAAAAAGAUAGCCGUUUGGAAGAUGGAAGAAGAUGAAGCUGGAGCUGGAGCAAGUGUUGAUGGAAAGAUGAUCUCCAUUGAGCAAGAGGGGUUAAUCAUCAUGGGCAGAGUAUUUUACUAGGUUGUGCAUUAAUUUCUCACGAGAAUACGGAGACUUAUGAGUGGGUUUUCUCUACAUGGCUAAGUUGCAUGGGUGGUAAAAGUCCAAUGGGCAUUCUUACAGAUCAAGAUGCGGCAAUGCGGAAGGCAUUGCUUACAUCUAUGCCCGAAGCUCGACAUCGAUGGUGUUUGUGGCACAUAACUGAAAAGUUUUGCUCAAAGCUAGGCAUGUUUGAGAAAUAUCAAGAUAUUAAGGAUGAUCUUCUUUAUGCCAUAUAUGAUAGCUUAGAUCCUUCUGAAUUUGAGGAGAAUUGGAACAAUGUAAUUGCAAAGUAUGAUCUUGUUGACAAUGGUUGGCUUGGAGGUUUAUAUCGGGAAAGAGAAAUGUGGGUUCCUGCAUACAUGAGACACAUGUUUUGGGCGGGAAUGAAGACUACACAAAGAGUAGAGAGUAUAAACAGCUUCUUUGACGGGUAUGUGAACAAACACACUCGGUUGUAUGAGUUUGCGGAGAGGUAUUGUGAAGCGAUGGAGGUUCGCGCAAAUGACGAGAAGGAGAACGACGCAAAUUCAGCCAGGUAUGUGAGGACACUUGAAACUGAUUUUUCUGUUGAAGCUAUAUACCAGAAGAUAUACACUGACAAUAAAUUGAAGGAGGUUCAAAGAGAGUGCACUAGGUCCUUAUAUUUGAAUGUGCAGGGAAAGAAUGUAGUUUCAGAUAAUGUUUUGGAACAUUAUGUUCAAGAUAGGGUGUGGGUAAGAUGUAAAGACACAAGAAAAGAGAUUGUUUCCAAAAAAAAGAGGAUGUACAAGGUUACGUUUGACUCUAGUACAAAGGAUGUAAGUUGUGCAUGCAAGUUAUUUGAGUGCAAUGGAAUCAUGUGUCGUCACAUGAUAUAUGUGUAUGAGAUUCAUGACCAGUUAGAGGUCCCAAAAAAAUAUAUUUUGAGGCGGUGGAGAAAAGAUGUUCAUAGAAAACAUACGAGGGUUAAGGUGGCUUAUCACGACCCUUCGAAAACAGAUGAGGUUCGUAGAUAUGAUUAUAUUUUUGACAAAUUUGUUCCAAUUUGUGAGAAGGCUUCAAAGUAUGAGGAGAAUAUUGCUGUUAUAGUAGAAAUGUUUGACCUCAUGAACUUGCGGGUUGAGGAGACAAGUGCCAUGGUAAUGAGGCGGAUGCUUGAAGGGGAUAUAGAUAUGACUCCCAAUUCUGUUGUUAAGCAGAAGAAUAACGAGUUUGGUCCUCCAUCUGUGGGUGAAAAUGGGAAGAAGAAGAAGGGGAAAGUUGCUGUGGAUGCAGCAUUGCAUAAUGUGAAAGAUCCACCUUGCAAGAAGGUUGCACAUCGAACUCGAGGUAUGCGGUAUGUAUCAGUUGCAGAAGAAGCGAAGAGAAAGAUAGCUUCGAAAUCUAAGGCAAGCAAGUCGAGGGCGGCCAAGAGACCUAGGAGGAAGAAGGAGCUGAACUUGAAUGGUGUAGGCGAAGGAGAAUGUUCAGGAAUGACGGCUACACCAAGUGCGGGACAGGAGAUAAAUAUGGAGGAUCCAGAUUUUCCUAUCUCCGUUGGAGGUAUUCAGUUGGUUGAUGGAGAUGGUUCUAUAGGAUAUUUUACACGAUUGUUAGGUAGUCGCGAUGGUGAAACAAGUAGAUCGUACGUUGGUUCGAAUGAUAUGCUUCAGUUGAGCAUUGGAAGAAUGUGAAGAAAUGUUGCUUGAAGUUAUGUAAUAUUUAUGGAUGACAAAAAGCUGUAAUGUGGUCACUAAAAUGUGGUUAUAUAUAUAAUUUUUUGGCAUCAAAUAGAAUUAUGUUUUGUUA